CUCUUAUAGGAUCAUCGGUUCUCAUGUCGUCUGCGUCGGUGAAGAGAGACCAGUAAUCAGCAUUCAUGGCAGUGGGUGCACCAUGUCCACACCUCCACAUAAUAGACAAAUCAUACAGUGCUCGCAUCAUUGCUGAGAAGAAAGAGGGCACAUGCGAGUGGUGCGGCGCGGGCGGGACGAGCCUGUGGCUGUGCCUGUACUCAGGCUGCAUGCGCAUCGGGUGUGGGGAGGCCCAUGCCGACCACUCUUCCUGGCACAACAACCAGUUCCCGUCUCACUGUAUCACCCUUAACCUCACCAACCACCGCGCCUGGUGCUACAUGUGCGAGAUGGAGGUAACAGCAUCAGUGAAAGCCAGCCUCAGCAUCCCCCCAGGUCAGCAACAGCACUUGGGGGGUCCCAUCAGUGCCCCAGGGGUCAGUCUGGCACAGCCUGUCACGCCGGGAGAAUCAAGCGCUGAGGAAGAGGAAGAGGAGGAUGAAGAGGAGGGAGAGGAUGUGAAGGCUAGAGGACUUGUUGGGCUGCGGAACCUGGGUCUGACAUGCUACAUGAAUGCAGCACUCCAAGCCCUAAGCAACUCCAUGCCCCUCGCGCAUUUCAUGAUCGAGUGCCCAGCCUUCCUGAGAACAGACCGCAAGACACCUGGUCUUGCGCGACCUUUCCAGAGGCUCAUGCUAGAGAUGUGGCACAGGAAGAGACCCAGCUUUGUCACACCCUCGGUUCUGUACCAUGGCUUCAAGCAGCUCUACCCAAUGUUCCGAGGCUUCACACAGCAAGACUCUCAGGAGUUUCUGCGCUACUUCAUGGACCAGCUUCAUGAGGAGCUCCGUGAACCUGUGCACUCCUCACAUGAAGACGAGGAGAGUGAAAUGGAAGCAGAUGAUGAAGACCUCUCAUCUGCCAGUUUAUCAGAGCGAGAGGAGUCGCAGUCGGAGGCCGAGUAUGAGACUUGUGACUCUGGGGUCUCGGAACAGUCGUCAGCCUCAUCUAGCCAGCAUCGCAGCAAGAGAAAAAAAAGGCAACAUGGUGUAGAUGUUGAAGCAGGCAUGAGUCAUAGAAGUAGUAAUCGGUACGUUUUUUUUUUUAAUUUAUUCAUUCAUAUAUUUCAUUUUCUUUCUUCUGGUUGUUGUAAUCUUGAUUUUCUUUUUUAUUAUAGUUUUCAUGGGAUUAAUAAUCACGUGUCUGAUAACAAUGAAAAUAAUGAUAAUGGUUUUCAUUUCUUUUUUUUUUUUUCCUGUUUUUUUCUUGCCUUCGUUAAAUGCUUGCUCCCCAAAGCCUCAUCAACGUCACCCACCCCAGGCAAAGGUCAGGCCAACCCCUUAAGCAACCUCGGAAGGAGAAAAAAGCCCCCCCUCUACAGGAGCAUCAUCUCGGACGUAUUCGAUGGCACCAUCGUCAGCUCAGUACAGUGCCUGACAUGUAAUACCAUCUCAUCACGCAAAGAGACCUUCCAGGACCUCAGCCUUCCCAUCCCAAGCAGUGACCAGCUUAGCAUCCUUCAGCACUCAUCUGUCACACAGAUGCAGCACCAGGUCGGUGGGGGUGGCAACAACAGUAGCAGCCUCCAUCUUGCCAAAGCCUCCUGUGAUGCUACCACAGAUGGGUGGUUGUGGUGGAUGUGGGUUUGGCUGCGGUCGUGGCUAUGGGGUCCAGCUGUGUCGCUGCAUCACUGUCUAGCUGCCUUCUUCAGUGCAGAUGAGCUCAAGGGGGACAACAUGUACUCAUGUGAGAAGUGUGGCAAACUCCGCAAUGGUGUCAAAUACUCCAAGGUUGUGCACUUGCCGGAAGUGCUCAUUAUACACCUCAAGAGGUUCCGCCAUGAGUACAUGUUCAGUUCUAAGAUCAGCCAGUAUGUGUCAUUCCCUCUGCAUGGCUUGGAUCUCACACCUUUUCUACACAAAGAUUGCACAUCAGAGGUGGUUACCUAUGACCUCUAUGCUGUCAUCUGCCACCACGGCACGGCGGGAGGGGGACAUUAUACGUCCUACUGCCAGAACUGGAGCAAUGGCAGAUGGUAUGAGUUUGACGACCAGUAUGUCACUGAGGUCUCCCCUGAGACUGUGGCCAAGUGUGAGGCCUACUGUCUCUUCUAUAAGAAAGCCAGUAUUGAGAUGACAGCACGUAGACAGAGGACAGUCGAGCUGAUGCAGGUGGCAUCCAGAGAGCCAUCAUUAAUGCAGUUCUAUGUAUCAAAGCAGUGGGUCAACAAAUUCAACAAUUUUGCCGAGCCAGGACCCAUUGACAAUUCUGAUUUUCUUUGUCCCCAUGGCGGAGUGCAGCCACAGAAGGCCAGUUACGUGGAGGAUCUGGUGAUGCUGCUCUACCAAGGUGUAUGGGAAUACCUGCAUCAGGUGUUUGGUGGUGGUCCAGCCUGCACCCGCCUUUAUGAGUGUGUGACAUGUAGGGCAGAGCUGGAGGCACUGCUUCACCGUCAGAGCAGUGAACUGGAUAUGUUCAUCCGCCUGCACAAGAUGUUCCAGGAUGAGGAGCACCCAAGCAUUGUAUAUGCCAUUUCCAUGCGAUGGUUCCGCCAGUGGGAGAGUUUUGUGCGAGGGCGUGAGCAGGAGCCACCAGGGCCUAUUGAUAACUCAUCCAUUUGUACCAGCAAGAUUGGCCAGCCCAUGCUCAAAGCAGGCUCUGAUUAUGCCCAGAUCUCUGAAGAGAUGUGGUACUUCUUCUAUGAGAUUUAUGGUGGUGGUCCUGAGUUAUUUGUGCGCUAUGGCAGCCCUCCAGGAGCAGCCCGCCGGCAGGAGCGUCUCGAUGGAACACGGCAGGAGGGAGUCAAGUCAGAGCAACUGCAAGCAAAUGCACGCUCUCUCAGCACCGAAAACCUCCCCUAUAAAAGCAACCAGGGCACGGCACAGGUCCAGAGCUUGGCCAACCGCCAGAGAACUGUCUCAGCAAGUGAGCAGUUGGUGCAGAUGGUACCGACACACUCAACAAAGCCCUCAGGAACUGAGCAGGACAGCCAAACCCCCGAGGGACAGCCCUGCAUUGCCCAGCCAAUGGAGGAGGAUGAGGAGGAGGAGGAGGAGCCAGAGACAGUGGCACCAGAGGCAAGUGCAACCAUGCACAUACCGCCACCACCAAGAAACCAGGACGAAGUCAGUACAAAACCAGCAGCAGCUCAGCUCCUCCCUGAUGAGACCAAGGGCGAGACAAAGAAAGGCCAAGUGCAUGAGAAUAGCCAGGAGUAGAGAGGAACAGAGAGUUCAUGCAAAAGAGAGAACUCCAGCUCUUGAUCAUUCCUUGUGUUGUGUAAUUCCAUGAAUUAUGAACAGAAAUCAAUGUACUGGAAUU